AUGCAUACUUGUGCGGCUUGUAAAAAUCAAUUCACCGAUGGAGUACUGUGCAGCGUGUGCAAGCGUCACUUUGAUUUUGCGUGCUCCGGCAUCACCGAACAGGGGUACAGAAAACUGGGAGAUCGCAGAAAUGGCUGGCGCUGCCCAGGAUGCAAGAAUAAGGACCACUCACCGAAACCAUCUGCCUCAGUCCCUUCUCCGACACCCGCGCUCUCAUUGGAGGGCCUGCACCAAGACCUCAAAGCCAUCCUUCUUAAGUUGGCUCCCUUGGCAGGACUUGCCGAUGAUGUAAAGGGCAUCAAAUCAGAGAUUAUCAACUUGCAGGCCUCACUGAAUAUGGCACAUGAGUUGAUAAGUGGCUUUACGCAAAGUAUAAAGGCGUUGGAAUCGCGAGUCAAGGAUGUCGAGGAAAGUGUUCUGGCCAUCCCAAAGCUGCAGGCCGAAGUAGUCAAAAUCAACCAGGAAUUGUGCGAAAGAGAUCAGUGGUCUCGGGCAAGUAAUGUGGAGAUCAAGGGCAUUCCUCCAAGUAAAAAUGAAAAUCUCUUCGAGAUUGCUCUCAAAAUAGGCUCCGCUAUCGAUUGUCCUCUCAAAAAAGAUGACCUCAACUUCAUUACGAGAGUGCCCUCAAGAAAACCCAAUACACCGAAGCCAAUAAUAAUGUGUUUCAACAACAGAUACCUAAAAGAAGAAUUCAUCGCAGCAGCGCGGAAACUGAAGACUGUCAAACCUGGUUCACUGGGCUUUCAGAACGACGGGCAAAUCUUCGUCAAUGACCAUCUUACGGUGCAAAACAAGAAUCUCCUAUCAAAAGCGAAGGCCCUAGGAAGAGAGUCUAAUUUUCAAUUCGUUUGGGUAAAACACUGCAAGAUAAUGGCCCGAAAGUCCCCUACCUCUCCGAUAAUUACUAUAAAAACAGAAAGAGACCUUUCAAAAAUAAAAUAA